AAAAAAACUUCUUCUCUCUGCGACAUUAAAAAUGUAUACGUGUGCUCUUUCGCAAUAAAUUUAUUCAAGUGGAUUCGCCGUAUUUUAUUGUGAAGAAAGCGAUAAAAACUCUUCAUAAUUUGGUCCUUCGAGAGCCGGUGCAAGCGUUCCAGUGCGGAAUUUCAUCGCGAGUUAACAAAAAUUAAAAUUUUCGGCGGGCGGCGGUGGCAGGACGUUAUACAUUUCGUCAAGAUUUCGUCUUGAAUCCGACCGACUACGCUGCGAGAACGAGUCCAAAAGAAUACGAACCAAGAAACCGUGAGUGCAUACGCAAAUAUACUCAGAGGAAGUGCAAGAAGAUAUCCAGUGAGCUGCAAAUUAUUAUUAUUAGCUUCACUGCAAGAAUUCUAGAAACAUCUUUUUUUGCUACCUAUCGGAAAUCGGUAAGCUGAAACGAAACGCAAGAACUAGCAAUAGUAACACUACACGAUCGAAAAGUGAGUUCGGGGUGAGUUUCGAUCUCACUCGCUCCACAAGCUUCAUCGCAGGAGUGAGCGGGACGCAAGAUCAUCGGCCUUCGGACAUCUCGUUCGAUACGAAAAAUCGUUCGCGUGUAUUGUUUAUGGUUUUAUUUUUUUUAUAGCGUAGCGUUGUUCGUUCUUUUUCAUAUUUUAUCCGCCAUUACGUUUGUACAUUUUACAUUCAACGAAAAAAUAAUUGUUUGUAACGAAAUUACUAACGUAGCGAUAUAUUUACAAGUAAAAAUAAGUUUAAAGUUUUGUAAACAUGGCAGAGGAGAAGGAGAAAGAGAAAUUAAGCACACUUGUUGCCAAACGUGGAUACAUAAAAGUUCUCAACCAAAAUGAUAUCGAGGAUUUUGGAAAAGUCGAGGAAAUAUUUUACUUUUCCAAGGCCAUGUUACUUGACGAAAUUGAAAAACGCAACAAGAACGACUCCUCUUCUACUCCUCCGCCAAGUACAUCCAGCGUAAACGACAGGAAACUCAAACUUCCUGCAAUAAACAUAGAAAUAUUUGAUGAUGGAUUCACAUCCCGCGCCUUCCAACUCGAAAGGGAGAUUGGGAAGGAGCCAACAGUUGCCGAAUUGUUAGCAUUCCUCGAGAAACGAGCUCUAGCUGCAGAAAAUUCUCCGGCAACUGCAAGCAAUUGGAAGCCUGCUUCAAGACUGGCAGUCAACAUAGCAGUCCAGGGAUCAUCCUGCAAGAAAUGUGCUCCUGCCAUCUACUCCGACGACGAGCACACAGCCGCCGAGCCAGCCCUCGUACCAGCCAUCGAGGCAGCCGUCGUGUCAGCCGCUGAACCAGCCAUCGUGCCAGCCGCCGCCGAGCCAAUCGCAGCAGCAUGAGCAAAAAGAUUCAGCCUUACCUAUAAUUACUAACACCAGGUUUGGUCAUAUAGUGGGGGGUGCUUUACCAAUAUUCAACAAGAGUAAAAACAAUGCUAAUUGCAAUAUAAUAUCAUUGCAUUGUCACACAUGCGAUAACGAUAUCAGUGAGCUAAAUGAAAAUAUAAAAAACUUCUGGAAAUUAGAGGAUGUUCCCCAAAUACUAAGUGACAAAUGCAGUGAAUCAGAGCAAGCUGAAUUAAUUUUUUCUAACUCUGUAAAACUUGAAAAUAAUAAGUUUCAAGUUGAUAUUCCAUUAAAAGUAAACCUUAAUGAGGUCAAUCACACCUUAGGUAGCUCUUUUGAUCUUGCAUUAUUUAGAUUUCUUAGCUUAGAAAAAAGGCUACACAAAAAUAUUAAUUUACUAACUCAAUAUCAAAAUUUCAUUGAUGAAUACAUUGACUUAGGCCAAGCGCACUAUGUUGAUAUUAAUUCAUACGAUUUUUCUAAAGACCCUGUAUAUUUUCUCCCUCACCACCCAGUGGUAAAGGAGGCAAGCAAGAGUACACCCAUGAGAGUAGUUUUCAAUGGCUCCAUGCGAACAAAUAAAGGUGUAUCAUUAAAUGACAUACAGCUUAAUGGGCCUAAAGUUCAGCGUGAUCUUUUUGACAUAUUAAUGUUGUUUAGAUUUGGAGAAUACAUGGUUACUACAGACAUCAGGCGCAUGUUUAGGAACAUUAAUAUAAAUCCUGCACAUAAACCACUUCAAAACAUACUGUGGCGAAAUAACUUGCAUGAGGAAAUUCGGUGUAUAUGCUUAGAUACUGUUACUUAUGGUUUAAAAAGCUCGAGCUAUCUCGCGACACGGUGCUUACUUGAGUUAGCUAAUAGGUUUGAGCAUGAACUCCCUCUAGCUUCUUUUGUUAUUAGAAACUGUACAUAUAUAGAUGAUGUGCUAUAUAGCAAUUCAAACUUAGAUAUUUUAAUUGAAACCAAAAGACAGUUGUGUGCAAUGUUAAAGUAUGGAAGCUUAGAAGCUCAUAAGUGGUCUUCAAAUCAAGCCAGUGUUCUGUCAGAUAUACCAAUUGAAAAACAACAUUUUGAUAGUUUAGAUUUUGAACAAGAUUGUAAUUUUAAUAUGAAAACUUUAGGUUUGCAAAUGAACUUGAAACAAGAUUCUUUCACUAUUUCAAGUCCUGAUAAUUCGUCAUCAGAAAAUAUCACAAAAAGCACGGUCUUAAGUUGUAUCGCGCGGUUCUAUGAUCCCCUAGGUUUUGCUAGUCCGAUUAUAAUUAAGGCUAAGGCUAUUAUGCAAAGAUUAUGGGAAGACAAGUUAGAUUGGAAUGCUCCUGCACCCAAAGAAAUUGUUCAUGACUGGCUACAAUUUUCUAACAACUUAGCUAGCAUGCAACCUAUUCAUUUAGAUAGAAAUAUACCAAUACCAGAGACAGCUGUUGCAGUACAACUCAUUGGGUUCGCCGAUGCGUCCUCCACUACUGGCUACGGGUGCUGUCUAUACUUACGUGUGGUGGACACAACAGGUAAUGCAAAACUUUUCUUACUCUGCUCCAAGUCACGAAUAAACCCACGCGCAAAGCCACUCACCGUCCCCAGGCUCGAACUGCAUGCAGCACUGUUGUUGGCGAAGCUUGUUUCUAAGGUAUAUGAUACACUUCAUAUAAAAAUAAAAAUUGACAAUGUUUAUCUGCACAGUGAUUCGAAAAUCGUGCUCGCUUGGAUCGAGACAGAUUUAACAAGGCUUCAGGCUUAUAUUUCAAACAGAGUGAGAGCAAUUAAGGAGUUAACAGGUAACUGGAAAUGGCUGUACGUACAGUCACGAGACAAUCCCGCUGACCUCAUCAGUCGUGGUGUGGAUCCGCAAGUACUUCCCGGCUGCGCCCUCUGGUGGAAUGGUCCGACCUUCCUGCAAGAAAGGGAGUAUCAAUUUGAAAACAAUAAUGUAUACUUACCUUUAGAAAACUUACCUGAAGUGAAGACUGCUCCUUCCUCUGCGUCCCCCGCUGAUGUAGUCCUUCUCACUGUAAAAGAAAAUGAGUUCCUGCGAUCCUUUAUUAACAGGUACUCAGAUAUUAAUAAAAUGACACGUAUCAUGGCGUACAUUCUUAGAUAUCGUGAUAAUCUCCGAUUAAAGGUAAAAGAUAAAAAUAUUACAUUUGAAAAAAGACAUCUUUCUACACAAGAAUUACAAAGGGCAUUAAUUGAGAUUAUCAAAUACGAUCAGAGUAUUCAUUUUCAUAAUGAGAUUAAUUCAUUACAACUGCAAAAAGAGGUAAGUGGUUCUUUAAAGUCCUUACAUCCAUUUUUAGACAACGAGAAUCUUUUAAGAGUAGGCGGAAGGCUUCAUAACUCCGAUAUUAGUUAUGCACAGAAACACCCUAUCAUUUUAGUGAAGGGCUCUAUUAUUACCGAAUUGAUAAUUCGUAGCGAACAUGCUAGGCUGUUACACGCUGGUCCCAAAUUGUUGUUAUCAAGCCUUAACCAAAAGUAUUGGAUUGUAAACGGCAUAAGAGAGGUAAAAAAGGUAACACACAAGUGCAUCACUUGUUUCAAGUUAAAAGCGUUAGCAUCUAAACAAUUGAUGGGAUCUUUGCCGAGUGAUAGAGUUGUUCGUCCCUUGCGAGCAUUUCAAAAGGUAGGAUUAGAUUUUACUGGAAGUAUUGAGGUUAAACAGUCGCGAAUUAGACGUUCUGUCAUAGGAAAAGGCUAUAUUCUUGUAUUCGUCUGCUUUAGCACCAAAGCUGUGCACCUUGAGCUAGCUUCUGAUCUCACCACUGCUACCUUUCUCGCGUGUUUUAAGAGGUUCAUAUCUCGAAGGGGCUUACCAAGUGACUGUUAUUGCGAUAACGCUAGUACAUUUCGCUGCGCAAGUUCUCAGUUGAACGAUUUAUACAAACUCUUAGGCUCGCAAAAUCAUCAAAUGCAAGUUAAUAAUUUUGCAGCACAGAAUCAGAUCAACUUUCAUUUUAUUCCAUCAUACUCGCCUGUAUUUGGUGGUUUAUGGGAAGCCGCUGUUAAGAGUACAAAAUAUCAUUUGAAACGCAUAGUUCAAAAUAGUUUAUUAACCUACGAGGAACUAAACACUGUAUUAGUACAAAUUGAGGCAGUACUCAAUUCGAGACCUCUGUUACCAAUGACUUCUAAUCCCGAUGACUUCACAUAUUUAACCCCGGGACAUUUUUUAAUAGGCACGUCAUUAAUGACAUACCCUGAUCAUGAUGUAAGUAAUAAACCUGUAAACAAAUUAAAAAUGUGGAAUGUAUGUAACAAUAUGGUGCAAUCCUUUUGGAAAAUAUGGUACAAACACUACUUAAAUGUCUUGCAGUCUAGGCCAAAAUGGCAAACAGCUAAGAGCAAUAUUACGAUUGGUUCUCUUGUACUUUUAGUUGAGAAUAAUUCUCCUCCCUUGAAUUGGCCUAUGGCUCGUGUUACACAGAUUUUCCCUGGCAAAGAUAAUCAUGUUCGGGCAUUUGAAGUGAUGACUCCGAAUAGAAAGAAACACAUUAGGUCUGUAACUAAAGUGUGUAUUUUACCAUUAGAUUAAGAAUAUGUUCCUACAAUUAAUUACUAAAGUUAGAAUAAGAUUGUGUUAUUUUUUACUAUUAUAAAACCUAAGAUAAUUAAUCUUUCAUACAUACUUAGAUUCUUUGAUACAAUGUAAAUACAAACAUAUUCCAUUAUCUUUAGUAUGUACAAUUUGAAAACUUUCUUAGUUACAUAUAAUUAUACUUACAGUUACAAGGUAUACUUAGUUACAAAUAGUAUAACUUAAAAAUAGUUAUAAAGUAAGGUAAAAAGUAAAACUUUGUUUUAAGUUAAUAAAUACUUUAGUUGUCAUUCAUGCUGGGAUUACAAUAGUGAUAAAAUGUAAACUUUUCACAUUUAUAUGUGCUAUAAUACUUAAUUAUUAUUGUUUCCUUGCUAGGCCCCCAGCAUGUUGGAAAUUAUAUUUUUUAUCUAUGGCAACUCAGCCGUAAAAAAAACUUCUUCUCUCUGCGACAUUAAAAAUGUAUACGUGUGCUCUUUCGCAAUAAAUUUAUUCAAGUGGA